AUGAAGAUUCCAUUCCUCCUUUCUGUGGCUGCUGCCACAACCGUACUGGCGGGGCCUAAUUGCCCUCCUCUCGGCCCCGUCUACGAGAAGCCGUUCAACUUCAAGACGAGUUCCGCGAUCCAGGCCGCCAUCGCCAACCUGACCGCCACAUUCACUGCCUGGGACCAGAAUAACUCGACCGCCAUCGGCUCCAACACGACGAGUUAUAGCAUCGAAGUGUUUAGUACGAGCGAGGAGGAUCCGACAAUCUUCAGCUGGCAUCACACAGCGGCGUCUCUCGCGAGGGCCACCAACACAUCCGGCGUCAAAGAGGCCGGCCCCGACGCCGUGUAUCGUCUGGGCAGCCUCACCAAGGUCUUUACCGUCUAUACGUGGCUGGUGCAGGAUGGUGAUGUGAAAUGGAACGAGCCGAUUACCAAGUACAUCCCGGAACUGGCUGCUGCUGCGGACAGGGCAAAGGAAGAUCCUGUGGCAAACGUAGCGUGGGACGAGGUGACUAUCGGCGCACUAGCCGGGCAGUUGUCUGGCGCCAUUCGAGAUUAUGGCCUAAUGAGCGAGGUCACGCAAGAGUUCAACCAGAGUGACGCGGUGGGUUUGGGAUUUCCGCCCUUGGAAGAGUCCGACCCCUUGCUACCGAAAUGUGGACAGUACCCGCAGUGCAACAGGACUGAAUUCUUCAAUGGCCUGCUUCGAGCCUACCCGUCAUUCGCCCCCUUUGCCACUCCAGCAUACACCAACACGGGCUACCAGAUCUUGGCUUACGCGCUUGAAGCCAUCAAGGGCAAGAGUUUCCAGGCAAUGAUGGAAGAGAGCGUGCUGCAGCCCCUGGGCCUGGACCAUACCUACUACCGAGACCCCCCGGUCGAGCAAGGCAUCAUUCCCGGCGUCCAAUCUGAAUCUGGGUGGAACUACCAACUGGGAGACGAGAAUCCCGCCGGCAACAUGUACUCCUCGAUAGCCGACAUCUCCUCCCUCGGCCGCGCCAUCAUGCGCUCCACCCUGCUGGCGCCCGUGGUCACGCGCCGGUGGCUGAAGCCUGCCACCAUGUCAUCGGAGCUGCUCGCCGGCGUCGGCUACCCCUGGGGCGUCCGCCGCGUGGCGGUGCCCUACGCCAACGGCAAGCACGUCGUGGACGCCUUCAACAAGGCCGGCUCGAUCGGCUACUACUCGUCGCUGCUCGUGCUGCUGCCGGACUACGACGUGGGCUUCUCGGUCCUGCACGCGGGCGAGGCCAUCCCCGGCAACUCCAACUUCAACGUCGCCGACAUCCUGGGCGCCCAGCUGGUGCCCGCGCUGGAGGCGGCCGCGCGCGAGCAGGCCGAGGCCAAGUUCUCGGGCGAGUACGUCGACGAGGGGAGGAACACGUCGCUGCGCCUGACGACGCAGGCGGACCGCCCCGGCCUGGGCGUCGAGAACUGGGUCAGCAACGGCACCGACAUGAUGACCAACGCGGUCGUCAUGCAGGGCGGGUACGCGCCCGUCAACCCCAGCGUCCGCAUGUAUCCCGCCGGCCUGGAGACGGUCGCGGAGGACGGCACCAAGCGGGUUGCCUUCAAGGCCGUGUUUGAGGACCUCAACCUGCCGGCGCGGACGACCAACAUGUUCUCGACCGACUGCGGGACCUGGGUGUCGUUCACGGGGGUUGUGUAUGGGACGCACCCGCUGGAUCAGUUUAUUUUCCAUGUGGACGCGGAUGGGAAGGUCGUGAGUAUCGAGAGUAUAGCGCUGAGGUCUGUGAUGAAGAAGAUGUGA